AUGUACUUGUCUUUCCCUCACCCUUUGCCGCACCUGUUUCUCUGCGUCUUCCUUGUCCGUCUCCUUCCCGUCCGCCUCCGUUUUGCGAGCACGUCCUCAAGCAAUCUCUCUGUUGAACGCCGCCUGCACUUCGAUGGAGAAGGUCAAGAUCUAGCCCGUUCUGAACAGCCCUCCCGUGUCACUUUUCCGUCUUCGCCUUACCUAUCCAGGCGUCUUGUUAUUCUGCAAUGCAGCGGGAUGGACUGGCUUGCGCUUCCUUCGUCCCCAAUUCGAGUCGCCAGUGGUUGUGGGCACUGUACAAGCCGCCGAUUAGAGCAUCUAGGGUCCGCGUCCUUCGUCAAACGGUCUUCUUCUACCGAAGCAGGUGGUUCUUCCAUCUGGAGUUGGGAAUUCGGUACCGGUGCUUCCCGGCACCUGGCUUGCGGUCGGUACUGCCAAGGAAGCAGACGAAUCGAAAAAGCAAAAAGAGAAGAAUAA